AUGAACGCAAACGGUCUGCCCGUCCGACGGCAAUCCAAUCAUUUUACUUACCGAUCUGAUUACGCCAGAGUGGCAAGUCGUCUUGUGCCGCAUGAAGGCUGGAACGUUAGUUCCGGUGAAGCACUAAGUCUUAGAAGACCAUCCAUCACUAUAGGCUCCUGUCUGGAUCCCUCCACGCGACGUGCGCAGCAAUCGCUCAACGGUGAUCUGGCGGGUGUGCAACUGCUGUUGGGCCAGAAUGAAGAUCACAGCGUUUCCCGGUGUCUUUCUCAGUGCGGCGAGACACUGCUGUUACCGAAGGCAAACGAGGUUAGUAGAACGUUUUUUUACCAAGACUGA